UUCGGCUUACUGGGUGCUUCCACACUGCUGAUCCAUUUCAAGCCUGUUUCCACAAUCAAACAACCCUAUAAUACUGCUUCCUCAACUGACUACGAAACCGUCAGGAGCUUCAUAAUGCUGCUUUCUCUCUGCAUGUUUGGUUGGGAGAAGGAAAAAAAUUGUGAAUCUUGAUUACAAUGGUGACUCGUUUGCCGGAACCAAAGAGAAAAUUAUACAUGGAAUUUUAAUGUAGAGUGUGGAGAGCUUGAUACUACUUCUGGGAGGGGUCAGGAGGGUAUUGAUAUUGUUAGACUGUGGGGAAUGCUGGAAAUGCAUAAAUAGCUGGAAGACUCACAGUAAUCUUGCAGUCUUCCUUUGAAUGCCUGGACACAGGUGACCUCGACUCAGCUUUUCUGCAGAAAACCUCAUGAAAACCUAACCAGCAUGGAAAAGAUGACAUCCUUGAAAGUGAACUGCUGGCUGCAGUUGUUUACCGUGACUUUGGCCCUGCUGAGUGGAGUCCCUGCAAUGCCGGUUGACAUGGACCAUGUGUGCAUGGUCCUGUCAACAGCCAAGUAUAGACUGAUGUUUACUAGCCAGUGGACUCAGACUGCCUUCCCCAAACACUACCCUCUGUACAGGCCGCCUGCACAGUGGUCCCCCAUCAUUGGAGUAACUCACAGCUCAGACUAUCACAUCUGGCAAAUGACGAGAACUCCAGUAAUGGGGUGAGAGAGUUCUCUGAGAGAGGAGAGGCUUGGACCCUGAUAAAGGAAGUGGAGGCAGCUGGGGAAUGGAUCCAAAGUGUCUAUGGCCUCUUUUCAGUGACAGCUGUGGUUGGAGGAACCAGUCUG